AUGGAUGAGAAUCACUCACGAGAAGCAGAGGAAGAGUUGAAUGCGGUUAGUUGAUCAAUUUUGAAAAAAAAACUUGAAUUUUAAUCCUAUUACAGUUCCAAAAUCUUCCAUUCGAAAUGAACGAGAUGAUUUUGAACAAUCUGGAUCCAAUUUCAAUGCUCAAUUUUGGAAAAACUUCGAAAUUUUGCGAUGGUUUGGCUGACAAUUUCGAUGAUCGAGUCUUUGAUAUAACUUGGAAUGGAUUGAAGAAGGGUGCACAUGGUCCUGAUGUUAUCAAAUUUCGAGUUCAAAACUCGCCAGAUUCGCUUUAUACUCUUGAAGUCAAAAAAGCGAGAAGUUCGUCAAAUUCUGGAGAAAGAAGAGGGAGAAGAAGACCGUUUUUUGAUUCAGAAUCUGAUUCAGAUGAAGAGUUUUCAUCCAUUUUCGAUAAUAAUUUAUUGCUUCAAUCAGCUGAGCCUGAAUAUAAUUAUGAUGGUUUGUUUUGAUUUUGGAAAUUCGAAAAGUUAGUUUUUAUUAUUUCCAGAUGAGAAAUGGAGCAAGUCAAGUCGCCAUGAAACUGUAGCAAUUUUGAAAAAGUGGGUUUCUUCGAAAUCUUUUUUUAUAUUUACGUUCUAAAUUAUCGUUCUAUUCAGAUAUGAAACAUCGAGCAAAACAAGUGUUGUCUGCUGGGAACAAACAAAGAAAGGAUCUUGUUUUGAUGUUGCAGCUCACUAUUUUUUUGAUUUAUUGAAGAGACAUCAAAAUUCGAUGAAGAAUCUUUCAAUCAAAUAUUAUAGAUUCAUGUCCGAAUUUAUCGAUCAGAAUUAUCGUUUGAAUGAUUUGCUCGUCCCAAAAAGUUUGGAAAACAUCAAAGUAUAUGGUAUUUUUCCGGAUAUUCACAAACUCUACUCAAUUGAUAAUGUGUCAAUUUUUGGAACACCAUUAAAUAUCGAAAAAUUGUGCCAAUUCAAAUCAUCCAUCCUUGGUUUCACAACAUUUUCAAUGAAUAUGGAAAUUUAUAAACAAUAUUUAAUUUUAUGGAGGGAUGGAAAACUUCAUGAAAAUUUGAAAUUUCUUGAAAUAAUUGACAAAACUUCCGAUAUUAUUCAAAUACUUUUUCGCGAAAAUUUUGCGGUUGAAACUAGAUCGCGUGGAAAUACUGAAGAUGGGUGAGUUGAUUUUUUUUGAAUAUUCGAAAGUUGCUGAAAUUUGUAUUUCAGAACUAUCAAAUGUUUUGCAAUUGUCAAAACAAAUAAAAAUAAUCUUCGCUUGUAUGGAAAAGUGUCGCCAGUUGAUUCAAAUUUAUCACAUGUCGGGAUUUACCCUUUGAAAGGAGAAGACGUAUUGAAAUCGAUCGAAAAUUUUACUGACUAA